CAAGGUUUUAGUUUAUUGGUUUUCCUGGAACAUGUUAGAAAUAUUCCUCAGCAACCUACUACAAGGGACACUAGGAAGUACAAUAGCCUGCAACACAAACUGCAGAUGUGCUGUUGCUGUACUGAUAUGUACAUCUGUUGUUUCUUCAAAAGCUCUAACUCCUGUUUUGUUAUUUGGAAAGUUUUGAAUACAUUUUGCAUUCACACACCAGUGCCGUACUUAGUUUUUAAAUGAGAACAUGUUUACUAUUUUGCACACAUUUCGGAAAACAAUUAGCUUUUAAAACUACAGCCACAUGAAGGCGAAUCUUAAACUUGGAUUAAAAGACCAAGUGUUUCUCCAGUCCUGUUAGAUCUUGGACCGGUAUGAAAGCUGGAGAAUUAAGAAUGGAGAUAUCUCGGCUCAGAGUUACUUUCUUUCUUCAGGUGCUCGUAAUUAUAUUCUGGAACUUUUUCCUGACACCGGGAGCUCAGCCUGACACACAUCUCUACGAUUACUACGACGAGAACGUUAUUGAUCUGCUGAAAGCCCUGAACAUCACUAGGUCUAUUAAGGGUGUUAGCAAGGCUAAAGGCUUGGAACCUGGAAUUCCAGCAUGGAAGUUCCGCCAGAGUGUGCCCCACUUGACUCUUCCACGGGAUUACUCCAUAUACUUCCUCAGCACCAUGCAGGGAUCCAUCGGCUUCCACUUCGUGGCACAGCAGGCCAAGAACUCAGACAGCACUCUCAUCUCCUUCAUCUCCCCCACUGCCAUGAAAAAAGAUGGGCACCCUCUCCUCCAGCUGGUCUCUAGCACCAGGUCCAACCAGCUGCGUCUGGAGUACAGGGCAGUCCACAGCAUGGAGUCCGCCACCAUCCUCUUCCCAGGGGGAACGCCUUUCUCCAAUAGCAAGUGGGCCCGCAUGGCCUUUAACCUGGAAGCCCACAAGAUCAUCCUCUUUAUUGACUGUGAGGAGUCUAUCAUAUUUGAGAAAAACCAGGGAGAAGAUGCCCUCAGUCUCAUCCUUCCAGUAGAUCUUGAAAUCACCUUUGCAAGUAUGCCAGGAAACAAGGCCAGCAAGUUCUUGGGAUACUGGCAAACAGCUGAGAUCUCUCCAAGUGGAUUCCUCAGACGCCCAUGGCACUGUGAAAACCUGUCCGAUUCAUUGCCGUAUUCCCUGGCUGAGGAGAGAUCUGUUGACUCCCAGCUGGAAGCGCCUCUGAUAACGGAUCCCUCCCAACAUGGUGAGAACCAGUCUGAUUUUGCAAACUACCAACAGCAGCAAAGUGAGCCUGAGAAUUCACCACGGGGACCCAGGCCUCAACCCCAAGCCCAGGAUGAGCGUCUUAGGAGACUGGAGGAGGCCGUGGAUAACCUCAGCAUGAUGCUGGAUAUGGUCAAGGCCCAGAACACAGACUUGGUGGCUCGGGUGAAGUACCUUGAGACCUGCGAGUGUAGGAGGCUCACAUGCUCCUGGGAGGGGCGAGAGUACGAGGAGGGGAGUCGAUGGGACAAGGACCGGUGCACAGUGUGCUUGUGUGUGAAGGGCGAAGUGCGAUGCUCUGAAAGGGGCGAGUGUGCCGGUUGCAGAUACGAAGGCAAGAUCUAUAACAAUGGAGAAUCUUUCAACUAUGAUGACUGCAUAACAUGUGUAUGUCAGAGUGGAGAUGUGACAUGUACAGCAGUCCAGUGCAACAGAGUGACUUGCAGCAACCCAGUGAAGAGAUCUGGGGAGUGCUGUCCAGUGUGUUUGGAAGACUGUGUAGAUGGACGGAGAAAUGGAGAAAGCUGGAAGCCUGAUCCCUGUAGUAAUUGCACCUGUGAGAACGGUAGAGUUCAGUGCAUAGAUCAAGAAUGCCCCCCCACAAACUGCCAACACCCCAUCAUUCCAAGGGACACAUGCUGCCCUGAAUGUGCUGGCUGUGUGUACAAUGGGAAGAGGCUGAGGAACGGCCAGAGCUUCCAGUCAGACCGCUGCACCAAGUGCACUUGCAGGAAUGGCAACGUGCAAUGCCCGGAUGUCCGAUGCCCAGACUUACCAUGCUUGGAUCAGUAUGUGCCUCCUGGGGAGUGUUGUCCUGUCUGUCGUCCAGGCUGUGAAUAUGAAGGAGAAAUGUAUGACAAUGGAGUCAUCUUCUUAUCCCGAACCAACCCCUGUAUGAACUGCUCAUGUCUGGACAGCUUGGUCAGGUGUUCCCCAGUGCAGUGUCAGCCCGUCUCAUGUGGGAAUCCUUUCCAGAAACCUGGUCAGUGUUGUCCCUCCUGUCAAGCUUGUGAACUAGACGGCAGACCUUAUGACCAUGAGCAGCCUUUCACCACUCUGGAUGGCUGUCAAAAAUGUACAUGCAUGAAUGGUAAACCAUCGUGCGUAGAUAUCCAGCAGUGUCCUCACACCUGUACCCACGGAGUUAAGCCCCCAUACGGCCCCUGUUGCAGAGACUGCUCCAGCUGUGAUUUCCAUGGGCAGCUGAUACCCAACGGGAUGUCUUUUGUGACCAAUGCAGAUGUGUGUGAGCGCUGCUUGUGUACAAAUGGGAAUGUUGUGUGCUCAAGGAUCACCUGUCCUUCUCUUGACUGCAAAACCUUUGAAAGAGUACCAGAGGAAUGCUGCCCCAAAUGCAGAGGUUGUGUACAUGUCGGCAUUCGACACGAGCACAAAUCCGAGUGGAAGUUACCAGACAACCCCUGUAAUAUCUGCAGUUGUUUGGAGGGACAAGUUCUGUGUGAGAAUGAGAGGUGUAACACCCCAUGUAGAAAUCCUGCAAAGCCCACGGAGGGAUCUUGCUGCCCUAGCUGUGAUGGUUGCCAUUUGAAUGGACAGGAGUAUGUGAAUGGAGACAGAGUGUCUAAUGGAGAUCACUGUGCAGAGUGCACGUGUGUGAAUGGUGAUAUCCACUGUAACCCUGUCGCGUGCCCGCUAGUGCAAUGCAGGAAUCCUGUUCAGCAACCUGGAGACUGUUGCCCACGCUGUGAGGAGUGCGAGUAUGAUUCGAAGACGUUUGUUGAUGGCCAGUCCUUCAUCUCAACCGUUAACCCCUGCCUGAGAUGCAGGUGUUCGGCAGGUCGGGUGUCCUGUGAGCGCUUGGACCCCAGUUGCCCUCCUAUUAGAUGCAGCCAUCCAGCCAAACAGAUAGGACAGUGCUGCCCCAGCUGUGACAUGUGUGAGUAUGAGAGACGGAUAUACACCAGUGGACCGGUGUUCACCCCCCCAGGAAGCAGCCCCUGCCUGCAGUGCACUUGCACGGCUGGAAACGUGCGGUGCCAAGAAGAGAUGUGCCCACCUGUUCAGUGCUCUAACCCAGUGAUUGACCCUCAACAUUGCUGUCCAAUCUGCAAAGUGUGUGUCCUGAAUGGAGUGGAGUUCGAGGAUGGGACAGACUGGGAACCUGAUGAAGACCCUUGCAGCACUUGUGUCUGCACUAAUGGGGAGCCAGUCUGCCAUAUCUCACCCUGCCCGCGCAUCACUUGCCAACAUCCUACUAAAAUGAAUAGUGACUGCUGUGCAGUGUGUGAUAGGUGUACCUAUAACCAGCGCAUAUACAACAAUGGACAAGACUUCAUAGACCCAGAUAGACCCUGCCAAAACUGUAGGUGUCAGGAUGGUACUGUGAACUGUAUCCCCACAGUGUGCUCUCCAGUGACCUGCUCCAGACCUGAGAUGAAGCCCGGACAGUGCUGCCCCAAGUGUCCAGAUUGUGUGUUUGAAAACCGUGUGCUUGUGAAUGGAGAAGAAUUCCCUAACCCUCUGAAUCCCUGCCAGAGGUGUGUGUGUUAUAAUGGCCAUGUGAACUGUGAGGACCAUACCUGUCCCGGCGCCAUCUGCACGUACCCACUGCCUGGAUCCUGCUGCAAAAACAAUUGCAAUGGUUGUAACUAUGCAGGAAAAGAAUAUCCAAAUGGAGCAGUAUUUCCACAUCCUACAGACAAAUGCAAAGACUGUCACUGUAUAAACGGCAAUGUUCAGUGUCUGUCCAAGAGGUGCCCUCCACUGCUGUGUAGCAAUCCAUUCCUGACACCCGGCGAGUGCUGCCCCCAGUGUCCCGCCCCUGCAGCUGAGUGUCUGUAUGCUGGACUCCCCUACAAACACAUGGAGCGUUUCUAUGACCCCUCUGAAAAGUGCCGCUCCUGUAUCUGCAAUAAUGGGACCAUCACUUGCCAGCGCAGGCCCUGCGCCCCCAUCCUGUGUGCCAACCCCAUUGUACAGGACUGUUGCCGCACUUGUGAUGGCUGCUGGUAUGGCGGUAAAGAGCUGGCUAAUGGGGAGCAGUUUGCAGACGGCUUGGAUGCCUGUAGAUUGUGUUUGUGUCGGGAAGGCACAGUGUCCUGUGAGAGGAGAGCAUGCCCUGCUGUGAGCUGCCCAUUCCCUGUGCAGACACAGUGCUGCCAGGCUUGUGAAGGAUGUAAUUACCUGGGUGAGGAGUACCUGAAUGGCCAGGAGUUCACUGAUCCUCAGAACCAGUGUAAGCGCUGCACUUGUAUGAGUGGAUUUGUGAACUGCAAUCCCAAACCAUGUUAUAACCCAGGCUGUACCCAUCCCAUUUCCCUUCCUGGAAAGUGCUGCCCAGUCUGUGAAGGGUGUUUCUAUAAUGGGGUUGUUAUCAUCAAUGGACAGACGUUCCACGAUCCUGCUGACUCCUGCUCCCAGUGUACUUGCAGGUCUGGCUCUGUUCAGUGCAUAAAGAAACUGUGUUCUCCGGCUCCUUGUCCUCACCCUGUUGUUGGGCCAUGCGACUGCCCACUCUGUGAUGGGUGUUAUUUCCAAGGAAGGGACUAUAUUGAUGGACAGACCUUUCAAGAUGCCAAAGGGGAAUGCCAAGAAUGCACAUGCUUUAAAGGUGAAGUGACAUGUGGAACAAAAAAGUGCAGUAAGGUCUCUUGUUCCCACCCUGCAAUCGACACAUGCACCUGCCCUGUGUGUGAUGGAUGUAUUUUCAGAGGCAGAGACUGUAAAAAUGGCGAAAGGUUCCUGGAUCCGAAGAACAAAUGUCAGCGCUGCACUUGUCUGAAUGGUGGUGUCACGUGCGUAUCAGUAACCUGUCCCCCUGUGUCCUGUCGUAACCCUGCCACCCCUCCUGGAGAGUGCUGUCCUCAGUGUACAGGGAUCUGCCACUACCUGGGCCAGGUCUAUGAGACUGGAACCACCUUCAACUCCCCUGCUGACAGCUGCUUGAAGUGUACAUGCAUCAAUGAGGUAGUGACUUGUCACAAGACGCCAUGCCCUCAGCAAUGUUCCCACCCAGUGCCCUCACCUGCCUGCUGCCCAUCCUGUGACCGCUGCUUCUACAAGGGUUUUGAAUUCAGCAACAGGCAGAACUUCCACUCGCCCUCAGACCCCUGCCAGCGCUGCAGCUGUCUCCACGGAAACGUUGUGUGCACCACUGUGGUGUGCCCCCAGACAACUUGUAACAACCCCCUCACUAAACCUGGGCAGUGCUGCCCCGAGUGCCCAGUGUGCUCAUAUUUUGGGAAGGAGUAUGCAGGAGGGGUUCAAUGGCCUUCAUCCACCAAUCACUGUGAAGAGUGUACCUGUGUGCAAGGGGAGGUGAGAUGCUCAGAGGUGCGCUGUGACGUCAUAUGCAGCUACCCCUCCCGCUUGCCCGGUCAGUGCUGUCCCCUAUGCCAGGACUGCUUCUUUGAGGGCGUGCUGUACAGCGACGGAGAAGACUUUACUCCAGACAACUGUAGGCAGUGCUCCUGCAAUGGUGGGAACGUCAAUUGUGGGAACACCGUGUGCCCGAGACUGAACUGCAUGCACCAAGUGACGGACCAUGGCACCUGCUGCCCUCGCUGUAGAGGCUGUGUGUACAAUGGGAGGGAGUACACAGAUGGCAGCAGCUGGUUUGCAUCCACAACCCCCUGUAUGUCCUGUAUGUGUGUGGACGGUGUCACAACCUGUUCAGAGAUUCGCUGCAUCUCACCUUGUGUAAACCAGAUCCGUGUUCCAGGAGAGUGCUGCCCGGUGUGUGCAGAUUGUGUGUACAGUGACAGAGUAUAUGGUCCAGGGGACAGCUUCCAGCCUGCCAAUGAUCCAUGUGAGAUUUGUACUUGUGAGGUGAUGCCAGAUGGGGAGCAGCAUUUACGUUGUUACCGCAAGCAGUGUCCAAGCCUGGUGGACUGUCCCAAGAAUCACAUUCACUUCCCUGGAUCUGACCAAUGCUGUCCUACUUGUGCACAGCCACUGAGUAACUGCACAGCCACUCUUGGUGGCAGUGAAGUCCCUGCUACAGAUGAUCCAUGUUAUACCUGUCAGUGUAAGGAUCUGACUUGGAUUUGUAUUCACCAAGGGUGUCUUCCUUUAAACUGUCCAACUUCAGAGCAGUUCUUGUCUGUAGACUCCUGCUGCCCUAUCUGUAAUGAGUGUGUGAUUGAAUCUGACAGUCGUCGUGUUUCUGAUGGCGAGAGUUGGACAGACAGUGUGGAUGAGUGCAUCACCUGUACCUGUAAUCUCGGUCACAUUGAGUGCCACAUUGAGGAAUGCACUCCAGUCAUUUGCCAGGAUGGCCUGGUAAAAGUGAAAUCGCCAGGGAAAUGCUGUUAUGAAUGCCAAGACCCAGACAUCUCAUGCAUGUACCAGGGCACCCUGUACCGGUCCAAUGAGCACUGGGAAGUGGAUGAGUGCACAACCUGCACAUGUGUCUCAGGGGAGGUCCACUGCCAGACUGAACGCUGCCCACAGGUCUCCUGUGCAUCGGAUGAGACCCCAGCUCUGAUUCCUGGCAUGUGCUGUCCACACUGCAUUCCACGGCCGGCUACAUGCAUUGCAUUUGGAGACCCUCAUUAUCGCACUUUUGAUGGGAAAAUGAUCCACUUCCAGGGGGCCUGUACCUAUGUGUUGGCCGAGGACUGUGAAGGGGGAGAUUUCAGCAUUCAUGCAACCAAUGAUGACAGAGGUCGUAAAGGAGUCUCAUGGACUAAAGAAGUCACUGUACUGAUUGGGAAUGUUGUGGUGCACUUACUACAAAACUGGGUUGUUGUGGUGGACUAUCAGACUGUGACUUUGCCUUUCCUCAAGGAGCCAUACAUAUACAUAGAACGCAAGACAAACACAAUUUUACUGAACACCAAUAUUGGAGUAAAGGUGUUGUGGGAUGGGAAGUCCCAUUUGGAAGUGAGUGUUCCAGGGACAUACAAAGGACACACGUGUGGACUCUGUGGAAAUUUCAACAACUACCCUCAGGAUGACAUGAAGAUCCGCACUGGACAGAUCGUCUUAUCUGAGGCUGCCUUUGGAAAUAGCUGGAAGGUACAAGCCGAGAACCAAACCAAUGCACACUGUAUCGAUGGAGAGGAUAUUGACCCAUGCAAGGAGGCGGGAUACCGUGCACGCAAGGAGGGCAAUGCUAAGUGCAAGAUCCUGAAGUCCAAGGUGUUUGAGCGCUGCCACAAUGUGGUUCCGCCAGAGAUGUUCUUCGCCUCCUGUGUUUAUGACCUAUGUGCUUGUGGGUCCAAUGGGGAUGACUGCUUGUGUGAUGCUCUGGAGGCCUAUGCUUCAGAAUGCAGGGAGUCCGGAGUCAUUCUGCAGUGGAGGUCACCUGCUCUCUGUGCUGUGGGCUGUCCCCAAGACCGUGGUUAUAUUUUCGAUGAGUGCGGUCCUCCUUGCCCCAAGACCUGUUUCAACAAAGACGUGCCUCUGGGAGUGAUAGAGGCCCACUGCUUCAAACCCUGUGUGCCAGGCUGCCAGUGCCCAGCAGGCUUGGUGGAGCAUGAAUCACACUGCAUCCAGCCAGAGGCCUGUCCCAAGAUUAUCUAUGGCAACAACUGAGAAACAAAUACAAUUAAGGAAACCUAUUGCACUUUCAACCAUCACAAUAAUGGUGCUAUAUCUUACCGACAUUGCACAGGAGGAAACCAGUUAUGAGUUUAGAUUUUGUUUUUAUCUUAAGUCCAUGGUACAUUAAUUAAGUAUUGUCAGUACCCCUUUUCAUAGUCUUCUCCCUGUAUGAUCAAGGGAAUUUAAGCCAUGAAUGUGAAGAGUACAUGCAGGUAUAGUAACUAUUAAGUUUGAGGGCUUUAGUCUGGAAACAGGAGAAAAGUCAAUUGGGUUUCCAUAAAGCCUAUCUUUAAAUAUCUUUAAAGCUUUUGAUACAUAUGAGUUCGAAAAAGAUCAUCAAUUGAGGCAGAGAUCUCAUACAAUGAGCAGAGACUGGUGCUUUAUUUCAUAACUCAUUUGUUUCCAGAGCAGUUAGGUUUCAAUUUCACAGAAAAUGCACUUUCUUAGUAUUCUCCAGGUGUAUUUCUGUGCUAAACAUUCUUGCCCAAGAACAGGGACUGUAACGAGUGACAUACAGUAGAUGCUGCUUAUUAGCAACCUCUCGGUACCCAGCAAAAACUGAACGUUGUUAUUAAGUGAAAAGCCACAUUUGCAAGUGUAUGUAUAUGGAAAAAACAAUGUAUACUAUAGUUGUAGAAACAGCGCACUGAAAUACACGUCUUGGUUGAUUACAGUGUUAAAAAAUAAACACGAAAACACCAAAUAUCAGAACAAACAACUGUUUACUAAUACUACACGGAUGUGUAAAACAAAAAUGUAAACACGGUACUGUAUUGCACACAUAGUACAACAACAACAUACUAUCACUAUCCUUAAAAACAGUAAAAACACACUCGGUAUACAGGACUUGCAUUUAAUACAGAAGCAUCAUUUUAAAAGAAGUAGUCCAAUGUUUUUGUCUUUUUUUAUGAUUUGCCACCUCCAGCUGUAAAUCACUCUCAAUUUUGCGUGCGGCCUCUUAGGCAAUUUCAAAGUGCUGGAUACAAUAGAUUUUGAGAUGCUAAUCUUUUCUGCUACCUGUACUUGUUUAGCACGGGGUUCACACAGUGCCUCCAGAAUCCAAACUUUAUCAGCCUUUAAAGGUCUACACGUUUUGAAGCCAUGAUGACAGACAACAGUCAGACCAUAGCCAUAGAAAUUGUAAAAAAAAAGUUGUCAUUAAGUAAAAUUGAAAUUAAUUAACAUUAAAUUAUGGGAUGGGAUUGGUUCCCAUGGAAAUGUUGUUAAUAACCAAUAGUUGUCUUUAUCAAGUGUGCUAAUAGCCAGCAUCUACUGUAUAUUUGUUAUAUAUGCAAUUAUUUAUGAAUUGUUUUGUUCAUAGCUGGGUGAAAAAUAGUGUUGUCAAACCGUAAUAAGUAUAUUGAAUUUUGUGACAUUUUCAAGGCCACUGUUUUUUAGUUUUUAUUAUACAAACAAAAAGCUUUUUUUAUUAAACUUUAGUUAUUUUAUUGUAUAUUAUUUAAAUAUAUCUAAUCAUACUCUAUUAGGUGUUGCUUGCUUAUAAAAGUAAGAUACCAGUUUUAAGAAUAUUUUUUAAACAGCUGAAUUGUCAUCUUUAUUAUCUGAUCACUGCUGGAAACACUACAGGUUAUUCUGAUGAAAUGGUUCAAGUUAAUUUGCUUUCAGUAAUGUUAAAAAAAAAAUGGUAUGUACAAAAUGUUGUUGUCCUUAAUAUUGCUUGACUUAUAUUUGUAUACUUCAUGAAAUACAGCUAUGUGAUUGAAUAAAAAGGUAAAUGUAUUCUCUGAUUUGCAAUAUGAAAUUCCUUAACAGGAA